AUGGUGGACUACCGCGGCAAGAUCAUGAUGACCCCAGCUGCAGUUGCAGUGAAACCAGAGCCUGGCGUUGCUCCGCCUGAUCAGGCUGCGCAGCCACAGGGUGGACCUCAGGGCGGCAGGGACGUGAAACAGCAGAGCCUGAGCGUUGCUCUGGCUGAGCGGCAGCGCCGCACAGCCGCAGGCGCGGCCACCAUGAGUCAGCCGUCGAGACAGCUGAGGCGGCGCGUGCAGCUCAUGCCAGCGGAGCAGGCCGCCGCGGGCAGCGCCGCCACGGCCGCAGGCGCCGCCACCUGCGCGGCCGCCUCGGACACGGCGACCUCCAGCAGCUGCCAGGCCCAGCUCGGCAAGGGCAACGACAACACCGCGCCUGGGAAGGGCGCCCAGCUCGGCAAGGGCAACGACAACACCACGCUUGCCAAGGGCCCCCAGCUCGGCAAUGGCAACGACGGCGCCGCGCCUGGCAAGGGCGCCCAGCUCGGCAAGGGCAACAGCAACGAGGGCAAGGACAGCGCGAAGAUCGACCGUCGCCCGGGCAGAGGUAAAGGCGUUCACUUGUCGGAUUUGCAGUCGCCGAGCCCGGGGACCAGCCCUUCCCAAGACCGCGCGCCGCAGCCUGACAACAGCAGUGAGCCGCGUGCUGGUGAUGCCGAAGCUGUGGGUGCGGGUGCCUUCAAGCUUGUAGUUCCGAGGCAGCCCGAUGGCACCGCGUGCAGCGCCGACCUGCAGAAAGCAAUCGUGAGCGCCCACGACGGCCUCGACAAAGCCCAUCGGGCCAUGUUGUACGCGCGCAUGAAGCGCAAGACGGAGUCCAAGGAGUGCCCUCCGUUGCUAGCGGAGAAAUGGAAGCAGGCAGCUGGUUCGAUCAAUGCCACGGCCCGCUACCAUCCAGAUUUCCCUGACGACCUGACGAUGGUUGAGUACAAGCGGCAUCUCAGCACGAAGGAGACAUAUACAUAUAUCAAGGAACACACGCAGACGAUCCACUGGACCGGGGCCUUGAGUGGCCAAGUGGCACUGGAGAUGGCGCGCAACUUGGAGUCCCUCUUCGACCAGACCACGACAGGGAUGGCAACUCUAGGCCGCGGCCGCACCUCGCGCACCAGCGUGGGGAACGUCUCUACGACGCCUGAAGAUUACGUUCAGAAAUGGGGGGCGCUGACGAAGACAUACACGGACAUCAUUUCUGAGGUGACCUUCAAGAUCAAGGCGAAGCCGUUCCAGGACGCGUUCUGCGAGCAGCUGCAGAUGCUGCAGACUGACCUAUCGGCGUCGAAGGAGAGCUUCAUGGGCCUCGUCAGCGACGCCAGCAAUGCGAAGCUGCUCAACUCGACGAUCGAGACCUUCCGGGAGCGGGCCAAGAGGGCGGUCGACCACAUUGCGACGGCCGACGACAUGCUGAGGAUCAAGAAGCGCAAGCUGCCAUCAGAGCCUGAGCCACCGAAGGACCCGACGAAGAGCGAGGCGCCGUCCGAGCAGCCCGCCGCGCAGCCCGCCGCGGAGACCGCCGCGGGCGCGGGCCAGGAGCAGGAGGCGGUGCGAGAGAUCGAGCGGGCGGUGCGCGAUAUCGCCCAGUCCAACGAGUCCGAGGAGAGCCCCGAAGCGGGCGCGCGCCUCCCCGGAGCCCCGCGGGACGCGGCGGUGGCGCACCCGGCUGCGGCGUCGGCGCCCCAGGUGCUUGGGAGCUACCUGCGCCGUGCCGCCUCGCCUCUCAGGCAGGCCGAGGCUGCGCAGGUGCUGGGAAGCUACCCGCGCCGUGCCGCCUCGCCUCUCAGGCAUGCCGAGGCAACGCAGGCGGCCGACGAGCUGAAGGCCGACGUGGGCGCCUCCGCCGCGCAGGUGUUCCGCAGCUCCUCAAAGGCCUUUGACGACGCCUGCGACAAGGCCGCCGCCUUCGCAGCGCCCGCCGCGCCAGCCGCUGCCGUCGGCGUGGCCGCGGCCGCCGCCGGCAUUGCCGCGGCAGGCGCAGACCCCUCCGCCGCCCCACCGGCGCAGCUCGCGCCGGCGGCGGGCGCCGGAAUUGACGCGCCAUCGGCGCCCCAGCAAGGGCUGCGACCUGCAGCCCGGGCCGAUGCUGAAGCGGCCGCGCCGGAGGCCAUGGCGCCCCCCGCUGGCGCCGGCGCGGCUGCUGCGGCGGAUGCGGGGGCCGCGCAGGUGCCCUCGCACACGGUGAGGUAUCGCUGCCCCGCCUGCGGCGAGCUUGUCGCCAGCCUGGAGGAGGCGCUGCACCACUGCCGCAGCCCGAGCGCCGCGGCGCCCGCCGCGCCCGCGGCGCCCGCCGCGGCGCCAGCCGCGCGACCCUCGGCGCCGGCCGCCGUGCCGGCGGCGGCCGAGGGCGACGCCGCGGCGGCCGGCGGCGAGACCGCCGCGGGCGCCGGCAACUUACGGGAGGGCGUGUUCCUUCAGAUGCCCUGGCUGACCGCCGAGGCCGCCCACGUGGAGUGGGCUGGGUGCGAGGGGAACAAGAGCGAGUGGUGGGCACAAAGAGGCCAAUAG